AUGCAGAUUACGGUAGUAUUUGGAAUUUCCUUGCUCUGUCUUGCAAGUACAAGGGCUCAAGAUGCUAAUUGUGACUUUAGUCAAAAUGUUAUAGCAGGAAGAACCUACUACGUGUACAGCCCUGGGUAUCCUAAUAAUUAUCGACCUGGAGUUCAAUGCAGGUGGAUUGCGAACUGUCCAGCUGGGUAUAACUGUAGGAUCGACUGUCAAGUCAAUAUUCCACAGAGCAGUGGAUGUUAUUACGACCGUCUCUUGGUGUCAAGAUCUGGAGACCCUCAGCUCGCAUCAGCUGAUCCAUAUUGUGGACGGGGUAGUUUCACAGCAGUAUCUAUUGGGCAGACUAUUAGUCUUGGAUUAAUUUCUUCGAGAUACAGCACUGGAGGAAACUUCAAUUGUCAACUUGUCGCUCAACGCGCUACACCUAAUCCAGCCCCUUGCUCGUGUGGUGUGAGAAAAUCGAGUCGUAUUGUCGGCGGUCAAGAUGCGAAACCGAACGAGUUUCCCAGUAUGGUAGCUCUGGUUGAGCGUGGUAGUUCCAGCAUUAUGUGUGGAGGGGUUAUCAUAUCGGACAAAUAUGUGUUAACCGCUGCACAUUGUAUUGCGAGCAAGAGCCCGUAUAACUUGGCCGUGGUUGUAGGAGAACAUGAUACUUCUACUGGAUCGGAUUCCCCUGGAACGAGAGCAUACAGAGUGGUUAAGCUUCAAACACAUCCAUAUUAUACUGAGGCAACCUACGACUACGAUAUCGCAAUUAUAACAUUAGCUGAAUCAAUUCAAUUCAACGAAUACGCUAGCCCUGUGUGCUUGCCGUUCAAGUUCGCCAAUUACGACUUCACCGGCGAAAGCCUUACGAUCCUUGGUUGGGGAACAUUAUUCAUUGGAGGUCCCACUUCUGAUAUUCUUCAGAAAGUAGAUGUUAAUGUAAUCAGUCAGGAUUCCUGCAGACGAGUUGUACCGUCACUCACGUCCCGCCAGAUCUGCACUUAUACUCCUGGAAAGGACGCUUGUCAGUUUGAUUCGGGUGGGCCGUUGCUAUACACAGACCGACAGACCGGACUCUUAUUCCACGCUGGAAUUGUCAGCUCUGGACGCCUCUGCGCCUCUGCUAAUCAGCCAGGUGUCAACACAAGAGUUACAGAACUGCUCAACUGGAUUGUGCAAAACGCACCAGCGGACUACUGCGUGAAAUAA